AUGAAUAUUAGAUGUAAUCAUAAAACAUUGGUUGUAGUUGUUUUUCUAGCCUCCUUAGUUGUUGCGGAAAACAUUGCAGGAGCAGAUAAAAACAUCAAGAACAUCAAGGAUGCACCAAAUACAGUUAAUUUAACAAUUACUGAAAUCCCAAUUGAGGAUGAUGAAAUUAAAACAUCGACUGAAAAACCUCCAGUUUCUAAUGUUGAAGAAAAUAUUCUUAAGAACGAUAAAAAUGAUAUACAGCGUCACACAGUAGCAGACUUUAUCAUUCAUCCAUUGAUAGCAUUGAAGCCUAGAAACAGCGAAGGUGAUAUACCCGAUGGUAAACAAGCAAAUAAUGUAACAACUUCACCCUGGCAAAUAUUUGGUUUUAAUGCUGGGCAGGGACUUGGAUCAUCUGUAUCGUCGUUAGCAGGUCAAGUUACAGGCUGGAUAAAUGAUCGAAUUCAGUUACCUGGAUUAGUUGAAACACCAGUUCGAGAAUCUACUACAACAACAACAACUACAACAACUGAACGUCCGGAUGUCGUUGUAAGAGUUCAACACAAACCCUCAACAAGGAAACCUGAUGAAUCUGAUAAUUUUGAUGAGGAAGAUGAUGAUGAAGAAGAAGAAAAUGAAGAACAAAACAUUGAUGAGGAACUGGAUAAUGAUGACAGUGGAGAGGAUGAAUUAAACAAACCAAUACAACGGUAUCGGUUACCACAAAAUCAACGACUUCGACCGCAGUCGAUUCAGCAAAAACGUCGCACUCCUGGUAAACAACGUAAGCAAACAACUUACACACCAAAACAUCAACGCGUUUAUUUUACUGAUUAUGAAGAUGAUGAAAAUGAAGAAAGUGACACUUAUGAUCAAUUUUAUUAUGACUCACGACCGUCAACAAAGAGGUCACAGACCCAUCCAAAUUUUAUUCAGCGUGGGCAACAAAGCUUAAUUCAUCAAAUUCGUCAAUUUACAGGGGUACAAACUCCUGCAGCUAUUGGUGAAAUUAUGCAAUCUAAGCAACCUAAAAAUAAAAAAAAGGGUGAACACGCAACACUUUUUAUUAACCGAAAUGGUCAAACAAUUUAUGUGGCACCAGAAUUAAUAGACUCUAAAAUUUCUAUAUUGCCUUCUUCCUAUUCGCAAAAUAAUGUUCGAAAACAUUACAAACCUGGUCAAUAUCCUCAACCACCAUUGACAACUCCUAUUAAACGGAAAGGGCAACCAACACAAUAUAUUACAAUUCCAUGGUCUAAGCUUGGUAUUUCCCCUCCAACACAACUUGUGUCUGUUGCAGAGGGCAUACAAUCUCAACCUUUUAUUCUAAAUAUUCCGCAAGAAGCAAUUAAUAAUAUGCAAACACCAGAUCGCAAAAAGAAAAGACCUGCCAUUUCCGCAAGUGCUGUUCCUCUCCUAGCAGAUGCCUCUCUUAUGAACAUAUUCGUGCCACCAAAAAUUCCUCCAUCUCGCACUUCCACACCAAUAGCAACAUCUAAUACUAUACUAACACAAGGUACACCUGUCAUUAUUGCAACAAAAGCAAAACCAAAUACAACAAAAACAACACAUAGCUUAUUACAACAAAAAGUACGUCCCGGAACAUUGAUCGAAAUGUCACCUGUAAUGGAAGUAUCUGGCAUUCUAAGUGAAGCAGUUAAAAGUGCAGAAAGAUCAGAAGAUUCAAGACCAGCAGACUCAAAAAGUAGUAAUGAAAACGAAUACAUUUUUGUGGGUGAUGAUAAGGAGCCUGAACUGGCAAGACAAGUUCAACCAAUUACGGCCAAUGUUCCAUAUGCAAAGGGAAACCACAUGCGCCGUCGUAUUAAUUUGCAUAGACGCUCACGUACCAUUGAACACCCGACACCCGUAGCUUAUGUUAGGGACGAAGUAAGCUUGGAACAGCAAAUUCCAGUACAAAUUGUUAGCGAAGAGUCUACACCGAAGACUGCAGUAAAAAAUACAAAUAAUGAAGAUGUGCAGCAAAGUCACCUUAGUUGA